AUGCAUUCUUCGACCAAGUGUGAACAGAGACAGUUAAUGUAUCCUUCUUACCUGGCUACUUCUUGUACUGAUCUUCCAUCCACACGUAUAAAGGAUCCAGAUAUGUCCAAGAACACUCAAUUAACAACAUCCAGGAGAGAGUGUCACCUUGGAGCUUCAGUAAAGGAUCAGCAAGCCAGCCCAGAUGUCAUGUAUCAGGAAAUAGGAGAAACAUCCGGAGGGAAAAGAACAGCAUUAAUGUAUCCUGACUGUCACAGGGAGGUGCUGUCCUCUCAUGCUGACAGUGAACAUGGCUGGGACAAGGGAAACACAGCACACAGAGAAGAGAUGUCAGAUCAGUAUAGUUCCCACUACUCCCUGGCCCAUACACCAUGGACCAACCAGGACACAUAUUUUCACUUUCUUUUUCGAAAUCAACUUUCUUUACGCCACUCUUUUUUUCUUUUUUUUUUCUUCCAUUUCUGA